GGUGAGGCCAGCCAUGAUGGACGGAUUAGAAACAGUGGCACUGAAGAGACAACAGGAAGCAGAGCUGGAGGUGGCGGAAAUGAAGAUGUUGAGGUUCGUUCUCGGAGUGACCAGGUUGGAUAAAAUUAGAAAAGAGCUCAUCAGAAGGACAGCCGAGGUUCGAUGUUUUGGAGACCAAGUUAGAGAGAGCAGACUUGGAUGGUUUGGACACGUCCAGAGGAGAGAGUGAGUGAGUGAGUAUAUUGGUAGAAGGAUGAUGAGGAUGGAGCUGCCAGGCAAGAGAGCUAGAGGAAGACCAAAGAGAAGGUUGAUGGAUGUCGUGAGGGAAGACAUGAGGGCAGUUGGUGUUCGAGGAGGAUGAUGCAGGAGAUAGGCUUACAUGGAAAAGGAUGACGCGCUGUGUCGACCCCUAACGGGACAAGCCCAAAGAAAAAGAAGACAACUAUUGUGUUGCACAUUUAAAAACAGAACUACUGUAAAUUGCUGCUCAAAUGAAAACCUGAUGCUUUCUAUGACAUCGGAGUGUCGUUGUGAAGCAUGGCUAGAUCGAUUUGGCCUUGCCAGACAUAUUGAGGUGUCAAGUGUAACUACAUGCUGGCAGUGAGUAAAAGCGGGCGAGCGCCACGUCACCAUGUCGGCGACACGAGCUGAGAGCGGCUCUCGGCCGCAGGUCCGCUGGGGCGAUUUUCACGGCAACACGAUGGAGGACAUUUCAGAGCAUUUCGGAAUGAGCGAAACUAUGGAAAAACAACAAAGUUACGAGGAGAUGUUCGCGCACAGAUACUCGUCAGAGGACCGAGAGUACCAGGAGUACGUGAACAGGCCGGCUGAUCCUCCUCCAAUCGUGGAGGACUGGAGAGGUCGUGGGGGCGGAAACCAUCGAGGAAGAGACAGAAGGUACCAGGACCGUCAAGGGGGUCGCGGCUGCGGUGGAGGCCAAGAGUGGGGGGGGGGCCGCUCUGGAAGGGGAGAGCAUCACAGGCAGCAGCAAGACAGAGACCGGUACGGGGGGCAUGAUCGUGGCUCUCAACCAAACUCCUAUCAGGAAAACUCCUCGCACUAUCAUAGGCCUCGUUAUGACAGGUACUGAUCUCUGUUAUUAGGAUGAAAUCAUUUGUAUGCGUGGCAAUGUUGUAGCUGGCGGGUUUUUUUAUUUGACGUUUGACCACAGUUUCAUACUGUGUCAACAAUGUUUGUAUUCUCAUCAUUCGCCUUGGGUAUACAGUACAUGGAAAUUUGGCUUUAAAAAAAAAUAAUAAUAAUCAAUGCUUGCAGAAAUACAGUGUUUGAAGAUAUUGUGGAUAUUGUCUGCUAGCUGUUAAAUCCAUGAUGUAGUUCAUGACACAUUUUACUGACGAUUGUAUGUGAACUAUUAACAAUUAGCAUGUAGCUUCAUGUGUGCUGACUGUUUAAGGUUGUCAAAGUUGCUCACUAUGAACCGUUAUGAAUAAAGUGCUACCUUGACUUA